AUGCCCCGGAGCCGCGUGCGCCGCGCCUUACCCAGCGGAGCUUUCGGGGCUCGCCUUGCGCGUUCUGGAAGCGCUUACCUGGGAGCGCGGGGGCCCGCGGCCGAGGCCGGCGGGAAACUUCCCGGACCUGCUGGCGAGCAUCACGGUGGCUGCCGCUGCCGGCCGGCUGUGCGUGUGCGCGCGGGUACGGGUGUGUGUGCGCCUGUGUGUGUGCCCAGCGGGCCGGCGGGCGGAGUCCACCGAGCCUCUCCUCCUGUCUCCGGCCGGGGAUGCCGCCACCACCUGCAGUUGCAGGAGGCUCACAGGUGGCUGCGUGGCCACGAGGCUCACAGAGCCCUGCCCCCACCCUGCCCCCGCCUCCCAACGUGCGCGCCCCUAAAGCCCCAAGAGGGGCUGGAGCCUGCGCUGCAGACUCCGGUGGGAGCGGAGCCUGUGCGCCUUGGCGCGGGCCCUGUCCAGGAGCUUGGCGCGGUGGUGCUGAACGGACAGCUCCGGGCGCGGCCGCCGCCCCAGACGCUGGUGAUGCUGCCUGCUUGCCGCUGUCACUGCUGCCACGAUUUCUCUGCGCUCUUCUGGCACGUCACGGAGACCCCUUUGCGUCCCUGGCUCUGCGCGGGGACGACACCUUUCCCAACCCCCUCCUGUACCCCCGUGACAGCUGUUAUUCCUACCACCCCCGGGGCGCAGACAGAGGGCUGCCUACGGAGUGAUGCUGAAAGAAUGCUAGCCAUUGACAAAGGGCCCUCGCUGCAGAGCCUGGGAGGCCGCUCCGAGCCAGGCCAGGCCGGGCGGGCCGGCACCUGCCUCCGUGCGGGGGCGGGAGCCAGGUGGCCUGGGCGCGCCGCCUCGCCUCGCCGGGACGCUGAGCAGGAAGUGGCCUCGGCGCUGGCCCGGGAACGGCCUCCAAGAGCGCGUCUCCUCCGCGGGGCCUCGCGCUGCGGCCGGCUCGGGUGGCGGCCCAAGCCCGCGCCUGGGGAGCGAGCCCUGAUGGCGGCGCUGGUGCCCGGGGACGCCGCCUCGGCCGCCCUGGACGAGCUGGCGUGGAACUUCACUUACGGGGCCGGCGCGGGUAACGGCUCCCUGUCUGGCGAGUGGUACCGCAGGAACCAGAUUCACCUUUUUGGAGUUUUGUUGGCCAUUUUAGGAAACUUGAUAAUCAGCAUUUCUCUAAAUAUUCAGAAAUAUUCUCAUCUUCAGUCGGCAUACCAAGAGCACCCCAGGCCAUUUUUCAAGAGCGUGUCAUGGUGGGGUGCAGUGGUCCUCAUGGCCUUGGGGGAGACGGGGAACUUUGCAGCCUACGGAUUUGCCCCCAUUACUCUCAUUGCUCCCUUGGGUUGUAUGUCCGUUACAGGUAGUGCCAUCAUUUCUGUUAUUUUUCUAAAAGAGAAUUUGAGAGCCUCAGAUUUACUAGGCAUGACGUUGGCAUUUGCAGGAACAUAUUUAUUGGUGAAUUUUGCUCCAAAUAUAACGCAGGCUAUCUCAGCAAGAACAGUACAGUAUUACAUUGUUGGCUGGAAGUUCCUAAUUUACGUGAUUUUAGAAAUAUUAAUUUUCUGCAUUCUCCUGUAUUUCCAUAAAAGAAAAGGAAUGAAGCACAUUGUGAUUUUGCUAACCCUAGCGGCACUCCUGGCUUCAUUGACUGUUAUUUCUGUAAAGGCAGUCUCAGGCAUGAUCACUUUUUCUGUGACGGAUAAAAUGCAACUGUCUUAUCCCAUCUUCUAUAUCAUGUUUAUCAUCAUGAUAACAUCUUGUGUUUUCCAAGUCAAGUUCCUGAAUCAAGCCACAAAACUCUACAAUAUGACGAUGGUGGUGCCCAUUAACCAUGUUUUCUUUACGAUCAGUGCCAUUAUUGCAGGUAUCGUAUUUUAUCAGGAGUUUCUUGGUGCGGCUUUUCUCACCACAUUCAUAUAUCUUUUCGGGUGUUUUCUGUCAUUCCUUGGAGUGUUUUUGGUCACAAGAAAUCGAGAAAAGGAACAUCUGCCACAGUCUUAUGUUGACUUUGGAAAUAUUCCUGGGACGCAAAUGUUGGACAAAAUACAACCAGAUUCAAAUGGCUUAUCCUAUGGAACUUUGCCUGAUGGAAGUGACUCAACAAAGAGCCAAAGUGGAGAGAAGAAAGAGGUCUAA